AUGCCUAGAUUAGAUAGAACAUUGGUGGAGCAUAGGCUCCCAAUUAAAGGAAAUUUUACUCCUCAUAAACAACCCCCAAGAAGGAUGACUAAUGAAGUCACCUUAUUGGCCAAGGAAGAGAUCGAAAGGUUGCUCAAUGCAAGUUUUAUCAAAACAGCCAAGUAUGUUGAAUGGCUGUCUAAUAUUGUCCCUGUAAUGAAGAAAAAUGGUAAGUUAAGAGUGUGUAUAGAUUUUAAAAAAAUGAAUCUAGCAACUCCUAAAGAUGAAUAUCCUAUUCCAGUGGCUGAUCUGUUAGUUGAUUCAGCAGCCAAGAGCAAGGUUUUGUCCUUUAUGGAUGGACAUGCUGGGUAUAAUCAGAUCUUUAUUAACCCAGAGGAUACACAUAAGACAACAUUUAGAUGUCCUGGUGCCUCAGGGACAUUUGGAUGGGUAGUCAUGCCUUUUGGAUUAAAGAAUGCAGAAGUAACUUAUCAAAGGGCAAUGAACUUCAUUUUCCAUGAUUUGAUUGGAAAAUAUUUAGAAGUUUAUAUAGAUAAUGUAGUCAUCAAAUCUGAUAGUUUUGAUGAGCAUCUAGAACAUUUGCAGCAGACAUUUCAAAGAAUGAGGACAUACAAACUCAAAAUGAACCCUUUAAAAUUCAUAGCUAAUUUGGCCAAGAAAACUUUAGCAUUCUCUCAUUUAGUGAAAAUUAAGUCAGACCAUGAGUUUAAAUGGGAAGUGUGCCAUCAAGAAGCUUUUGACUUGCUCAAGAAAUACUUGACAAACCCUCCAGUGCUUAUGCCACCAGUGGCAGGAAAGCCUUUGAAAUUGUAUAUAUUAGCUUUUGACCUGUCGAUUGGUUGUUUAUUGGCUCAAGAGAAUGAUAUGGGUCAUGAACAAGCCAUUUACUACCUAAGUAGAAGGCUAAAUAAUGCUGAAAUUAGAUAUAAUUCUGUCGAGAAAUUGUGUUUGGCACUUUAUUUUGCAGCCAUUAAAUUGAGGCAUUAUUUGCUACCAACAGAAAUGUUUGUGAUAGCACAAAUAGAUGUUAUUAAAUAUAUGUUGUCUAAACCAAUUUUAAGGGGGAGACAGGGUAAAGGGAUAUUAGCAUUGAUUGAGUAUUGUCUCAAAUAUGUGUCGCAAAAAGCAGUCAAGGGGCAAGCUUUGGCUGAUUUCUUGAUGGAACAUCCUAGCACUUCUAUCGAUUUAGACCUAUAUGAGGUUAAUUUGGUGGAAAGUGAACCACGGAAAUUGAUGUUUGAUGGUUCAAAAACAGAUGAAAGAGUUGGAGCAAGUAUUGUGUUGAUUGCACCAAAUAAGCAAAUAUAUCAGUUUGCAUAUCAGUUGGAAGCACAACAUGUACAGCCUUGUAAUCAAGCUGAAUAUGAAGCCUUGAUAAUUGGCUUAGAAUUGGCCAUAGAAUUCAGGAUUAGAAGCCUCCAGGUUUUUGGAGAUUCCCAGUUAGUUAUUAAACAAGUUUUGGGAGAGUUCAAAUGUGUCAGUGGUGCUCUAGAAGAGUAUUUAACUGAGGUCAAAUGGUUAACUAGUUUCUUUGACCAUAUCACGUUCACACAUAGGUUUAGACUGGAGAAUAAAGAGGCUAAUGAGAUGGCUCAAGCAGCUUCUAAACUAAAAAUACCUAAAGAAGAAGAUUGGAGAUUCCCUUUAAUAAAGUACCUAUCGAAUCCCAAUGAAAAAAGCAGUAGGCAGCUGAGGUUUCAGGCCUUAAACUAUGUUGUCAUGGGAGAUGAUUUGUUUAGGAAGGCUCAUGAUGGUUUGACUCUGCUUUGUAUUGGUAAAUUAGACCAAAUGAAAGCUAUGGCUGAGGCACAUGAGGGAAUUUGUGGGGCCCAUCAAGCUGGUGAUAAAAUGAGAUGGCUGAUUAACAAAGGAUGGGCAAUGGAUUUAAUUGGGCAAAUUUUUCCAUCAUCUUCUAAAGCACAUUCUUACUUAUUGGUAGCCACUGACUAUUUUAGUAAAUGGGUGGAGGCAAUACCUUUAAAAGUGGUGACACAGGUCCAAGAUAUUGAAUUCUUGAAGAAGAAUUUGAUACAUAGGUUUGGUUUACCCCAAUCUAUCACUGUCGAUCAAGGUACAGUGUUCAAUGGGGAUGAAAUUAAAGAGUUUUCCAAAGAAUACGACAUUCAGAUAUUAAACUCUUCACCAUAUUAUGCCCAGGCAAAUGGACAAGCUGAGGCAACAAACAAGAUUGUCAAAAAUACUUUAGAGAAAAUGAUUGAAGACAAUCCUAGAGAUUGGCAUAAUCUCUUGUCAGAAGUGUUUUGGGCUUAUAAAAAUUCCAAAAGGAAUAGUAUAGGUACAACUCCAUAUGAGUUGGUUUAUGGGCAUGAUGUUGCAUUACCUUUGGAAGUGACAAUGAGAUCCAAUCGACUGGCCAAGCAUUUGGAUAUUCCUAUGGAUGAAUAUUCAGAGGCACUAUCGAUUGAGUUUCAAGAUUUAGAAGGAAAAAGAAUCGUGGCUUUUAAUCAUUUUGGUGGCUCAGAAAAAGAAAGUUGA